CUCGUCCCGCCUCCGCCCGGCGGCCCAAUGGAGCGGCGCUGAAAGUGACCCCGGCGGCGGCUGCUGCAGCUGUCGGGAACCAUGCCUGAAGAUGACGGAGGCGGCGGCGGCGGCGGUGGCGGAGGGCCCGCUCAAGUGGAGGGACGGCAAGAAGUGGAAGAGCCGAUGGGCGGUGCUGCGCAAGCCUUCCCCGGUGGCCGAUUGUUUACUCCUGCUGGUGUAUAAGGACAGGUCUGAACGACUGAAAGGUCUGAAGGAGCGAAGCAGCAUAACUUUGGAAGACAUCUGUGGCCUGGAGCCUGGGCUGUGCUACGAGGGUCUGAAUCACACUCUUGCCAUCAUCUGUUUGACUCAGGUUGUCAUGCUGGGUUUUGAGAACAAGGAAACGAUGCAGGCCUGGGAUGUACGGAUCCGCUAUAGUUUAGGUGAAGUUCACAGGUUUCAUGUUGUGGUAGCCCCUGGAACAAAACUGGAAAGUGGUCCAGCUACUCUCCAUUUCUGCAAUGAUAUUCUAGUGCUAGUAAAGGAUGUCCCACCGACUAUAAUGGGGCAGUGGAAACUAUCUGACCUGCGACGCUAUGGAGCUGUUCCUAAUGGAUUUGUCUUUGAAGGAGGAACUCGGUGUGGCUUCUGGGCCGGAGUGUUUUUCCUGUCUUGUAUGGAUGGUGAGAAGAUCAGCUUUCUGUUUGACUGUAUUGUUCAUGGCAUCUCCCCAAUGAAAGGCCCUUUUGGCUUGCGUCCAGUCCUACCAGACCCCAGUGCAAGUCACGUCAGCAUGGAAGAAAGAGUGGCCCAUGAAGCUUUACAAUUAGAGAAACGCCUCAGCCUUCUGUCUCACGCUAGUCAUCAUGGCAUUGGAGGUGAUGACAGAAGUUUAUCCAGUUCAUCUUCAGAUACAAGCCACUCUGAUGCCAGUAUUGGAAGUAGGUUGACAAUCUGGCCUGACCAUUCUUCAGCCAGUACUUCUCAAGAGAGUCAUGCUGCGGCAAAGGGUAUUCACCUGGGGGAAGAAAAAGCCCACGGAGAAGGUACCCACGGUAUCACCAAACCUCCUGCUAAACAACCCCGCUCCAGGCAGUUACAAGAGAUAGGACGCCAAAGUUCUUCUGACAGUGGAAUAGCCACCGGGAGUCACUCUUCUUACUCUGGAAGUUUUUCUUCCUAUGCUGGGAGCCUGGACAUUGGCCAUGGUGAUGAAUUUGGAUCACUUUUGAGCCUGCCGCUGAACCUUCCUCCAGACCAGAAUGUAUGUACUUGCCCACUUGGUGAGCAUCCGAGGAGUUCUGGCUUGGAGUACCAGGUUCCCAGCUCACUUAAACAUGCCUAUGACACUCCCAGAAGUUUGCUGCAGGUAGCUGCUAAAGAUGUGCAGACCACAAGUGCAGAUUCCAUGCAAUCCAAGGACCAGGACCAGGCAGCUCAAGGAAUUGAAGACCUGAAGCUGUGGACACCACAUCAAGAUGUGCCAGCUGCUUCCAAGAUAAGCCAGGCUGCCCUUUCUGGGGAAACCACCAAAGACUCGUGUGCUGAGCCAAGUGUGGAUUUUGCUUCAAGGUGGUCACAUCUAAGACAGCAAGGGCAGGUGUUGGAUUCUAGAAGUACUGAGGUGACAUCAGCAAGUGGCAUCUCCAGUAGUGUGUGUGAAGUAUGUAGCUCACCCCCUGGGACAGUGCAGCCUCUCUUUUCAUCUUGCCCCGUUUGUGGUGGGCUAAAGGAAACUGCAAUUUUAUCAUCUGGAGUCUUACCAGCUAUACCAGGUUCUUCUGCAGCAGCAGCUUCUUGGUGUCCAAAAGCACACAAAGGCCAAACUUUGCAAGCUGGUCUUAAAGGAAGUUAUGAGGUGAUGGUGCCAUCCACAGAAGCUGGAUCACUUGCUGAUGCUGAGGAGUCUGCAGGUGCUGUAGGUAAUUUAGCAGAUCUACCAUUGGCUGAUCGACUGUGCAGUGAAACAGCAACUUAUGUCAAUAUUCCUACCAGCCCUUCAUCAAAGAAACAGCUUCAUUACAUGGAGCUAGAACUUCAGGAAUCCAGUACAAAUAUAAGAGGAAGUGGGGCAACCAAAUAUGCACAGAUAGACAUUGCAGCGACGGAGACAGCCCACAAAGUGGGGACGCAGCACGCGCAGUUUCGAGAAGAACGGCUGCAGGAGCUCGAGCAGAAGAAGAAAGGAGGCCCAUCAUCAUGAUCUUCGUAGGGAGGCCUUAUGGAGCUCAUUCUCCUGCCCGCACUGUUCAGUCUUUCUGGGACUUCUUCAUUCAUCUAAACGCUGCCAUUUUCAGAAUUAUACCAGAUUCAUUCCAAUCUAUUCAUUUCCAAUUGGAAAACUGGUAGCAUGGUGUGUGUGUGUUUCUGUGUCUAAAUACAUUAGUUGUACAUGUGUCUGGUAAAUCACUUCUGUUGUAAUUUUUAAUGUCUUGCCAAUCAGGUAUCUGAUAUAACCGAUUUUGAAACAGAGGCAUUCAGUUUAAAAAAAGUUGAAUGUGUGAUAAAGAUGUACAUGUAUCUAAGUAUAUAUAAAGUAUUAGUUUGUA